AUGGUCAUCUCUAGAAGCAAGGGGUAUCCCAACCUUUGCAUCAAAAGCAAAGCUUUUGUAGUAACACAUUUCUUGCAAGGUUCAGAGAAGCCUUGCCCAAUGCAGAUUCCUGAUGAAAUACUGCCUUGCCAGGGCUUCCAAGCUUUGUUGGGGAAGGAGCAGAAACAUUCCCAGAGAACCGCCACACCAAGGCAGCGGCAAAACCGCCUCACCGGCCUCAAGAGUCGCGCUGGCGACAUGUGGGGCUCCUCCGCUGGGAAUCUCCUGAUAAACAAUGAAGAUGUGGAUGCCUUGAUGAAGAGCCUGCAGGUCAAAUCUUCGCCUAUAGUAAAUGAUGGUGUGGUUCGUUUGAGAGGACUUCCUUAUAGUUGCAACAAGAAAGACAUUGUAGACUUCUUUGCAGGACUGAAUACAGUUGACGUUACUUUUGUGAUGGACUACAGAGGGGGACGAAAGACAGGGGAAGCCUAUGUGCAAUUUGAAGAACCAAAAAUGGCCAACCAAGCCCUGUUGAAACACGGGGAAGAAAUUGGUAAUCGAUACAUCAAGAUAUAUCCAAGCAGAAGGAAUGAAGUUCGAACACAUGUUGGUUCUCAUAAGGGAAAAAAAAUGGCAUCUUCUCCUACUGCUAAGUAUAUAACUGAGCCAGAAAUGGUCUUUGAAGAACACAAAGUAAAUGAGGAUAUUCAACCCAUGACAGCUUUCGAAAGUGAGAAAGAAAUAGAAUUGCCCAAGGAGGUGCCAGAAAAGCUUCCAGAGGCUGCUGGUUUUGGAACUACGCCUUGUCUGCAUUUUGUCCACAGACCUUUCCGAGCCAAUGCCCAAGACAUUAUAAAAUUUUUCGCUGCACUGAAGCCUGUUAGAAUCACCAUGGAAUACAGCUCCAGUGGGACGGCCACUGGAGAAGCUGAUGUGCACUUUGAGACCCAUGAGGAUGCUGUUGCAGUGAUGCUAGAGGAUCGGUCCCACGUUCAUCAUAGGUAUAUUGAACCGUUCCUGAAUUCUUGUCCAAAAGGAAAAUUAGACUUCAGGGGCUCCAGAUAAUAAGAAUGAAGCAAGAAGCAUUUCAUUUGCACAUCUUUCUUGGACAUGGGAUAUACAAUUCCAGUUUAUUAGCAGCAACUGCUGGGGAAUUGAUUUUGGUGUUUUGGGUUAAUUGCUUUUAAGAAAAAUUUCAUAAUGGUCUGCUUAGAAGAAGAAAUGAAAGAUCCAGUUUGGGAUUAUGAAAUAAAUCACAAAUUAAAACUUUUAUUUAAACUGUCCAGGAUCUGAUUUAAAAAUAUGAUCUUUAUUUCAUAUGAUUAAAUAGUUUGUUUUCAUAGAUGAUAUGUUAUCCAUUGUAAAGACUACAUAUUUUUAUUUAGCAGUAUUCCUUAAACUCUUUCAUUUAAAAAAUAAUAUUCAUUUUUUUUCCCCCUGUGAAUUGAGUGCUCUGAUGUAAAACUUCUCAUGGAGUGAAACAGUGAUUUAUUUUAACCAAACAUUCACCAAAGCAAAGAAAGUUUUCAGACCUUUGAACUGGUAUGGUUUGGCAGAAUAGUUUUAAAUUUUGCUGUAUUUGAUUACUUAGAGAGAUAGGAAUUUAAAAAAAUCAAAACAAAAAAUAAAUAACACACUUUAGCGAGUGUAAAUGACAGUUUGGCAGUUUUAUGUCUUUAGAAAUGUUUUGCCUUUCUAAGCCUGUGUAAAGGUGUUUAAUGUUGGUGCCUAUUUACUUAAGGGACAUUCUAGUCUUUACUUAAAAGUUGUCUGAACUGUCCCUCCCUGGCUUUUUUUGGUUUGGGGUAAACCUAAGGAUGUUUGUUAGUCUCAAAACUGUGAAGUGGCAUGUCAGAACAGUCCAGACUGGUGAGAAAAUUAAUGGCUUCACUUGAAUUUAAACCAGCUGUAGAUAGGAAACAAUCAGUCUCCUCAUUUGCUUUUACAAUGGAGUAGCACAUCCCAUAUUUUAGAACAAGUAGGGGUGCCUUGAUUAAAUAAAAAUAGCAUUUGAUGUAUAAUUGUGUGAAGGGUUUAUGGAUAAAGCUGUACUUCUGUCACAGUGUGGCAGUACAUUCUGCUUUAAUAUUAAACAGCUUGUUAUUUAAAUAUUGGACAAAAUGGCUGGCUUCAAAAUGUAGUCAUUAAUAAACUAAAGCUUUAUGUGCACCUGUGUAGGAGAAUCAAAAUCCUGUGUACUUUCUUUGCCUUGUUCCUGCUCUCAGGGUGACGACUGCCACCAGGAGAUGCAAUUCUAGUUCUUAAAAUUAAAUUUGCCCAGAUUUCUGAGAGGUGAUAUCUGGAAGAGAGACUAUGUCUUCUCUUAUUUAAUACAUAACCAUCUUUGAUUACCAGCUAAGAUGCUAAAUCACUGUACUGUAAGUAGUCAAUAAGUGAAGAUUUUUUUCAGGCUGAAGAU